GCGACAAGUCCCCCCCUUCUGCGCCCUCUCUGUCUCGCGUCAAGCCAUUCGACCCAUCUGUGAUCGCUCCCCGCCCUCUCUCGUGACUACAAUGUACUACGCUCUGCCCAGCCCCACCAACAGCUCGGCCAGCUCCGUCUGCGGCUUCGAGACGGAGUACCACGCCGCCCCGGCCCAUGGCCAGAUGAGCGGAGCCGCCCUCCUCGACUUCAUCGAGGCUCUGGGGUGGACCGACCCCCUGCAGCAGCAGGAGCUGGUCAACGCCAUGACCACCUUCCGGGGUCGGCUCACCCCAGUCACCGGCAGCAGCAGCACACUGAGGAGCGCAUUUGAGGAGGUGGAUGACGUGGAGAUAUUCGGGAUAUCCGAGGACGUAAGAGCGCUGCACAGACCAGGGCAGACAAGGCGAGAAUCAUUCACAUUGCAUGCAGUGCAGAAACACUGAUAUAUGGGGCUGCAUGCUGCUUAUCCGUCGGCCUGAUGAAAUAUGUGCGAUCUUGUGUGGUCUGCUCUGUGUGUGUGCAGGAGCUGGCCGAGGACAAGCCGGGUGAGGUCCCAUCCCUCAAGAUCUCAGCAAAGCUGACCGACAAGGUAAAAUACUCUUGCCCCCAUACACACGAACGCCUUCGCACAACGUGUGCACACACAGCAUGCAGCCAUGUGUGUCGUUCUCUCUUGGCCGUUGUGCUUGUGUGUGCAGAGCGAGACUCAGUGUGAGGCGGCGGCGAAGUUCUCCUGGGUGAAUCCUUUCACCUGGUUCGCCGCCUGCCUCACCCCAGUCUACUGCUGAGAAACAUGGUUGCUCGCUGGUGUCGGCUAUCCACGCCAAGAAGCCCGCCGUGUGUGUCUCACAUAUACACAAUUGUAUAUACAUGUUGGGAUGGAUGGAUGGAUGGAUGGGCGUCAGGUGACAGCUGUGGGUGUGUGGAUGGCAGGCAGGCAGGGGCUGUGAGGAAUGCACGUGUAUCCCUUUGUCUGUCCAUCGCCACUCACCUCACUGACACCGAAGUGUCCUACCUCGCACUCUAUGGUAUCCCAUCGCUCGUGUUUUCGAGCGCGCUCUCUGUGGUUGUUUUGCUCUGAUCCCAAUGCCGUGUCGCCACUACCUGAUGUCGUUCUAUCGGAUACGGCUCGUCUGCUCCGUUCCGUGCAGGGCAGCUAGGACAGGCCGAUCGCUGAGAGAGUUCGUGAGACCAGCUGGCACGAUCAUGUACGUACAGAAGGAAGGUGAGACAGAUGCAUGCGAGCGAUUCGUCGGCUUUCUCGCAUCGAUCGGCUUGUUGUCCGUCCAACAAGUGGGAAUACAUCGCCUGCCUGACAAGUGGGAAUCAACUCAUUUGUGUCUGUGAUGGAAUGGAAUGGAAUGGAAUGGAAUGGAAGUGAUGGAUGGAUGGCCUUAUGGAUGGAGUGAGUGUGUGUGUGUGAAUGCUGUCUCCCUCUUGUCCUGCGUGUGGUGUCGGUGUGCGGCUGCCAUGCGCGUGAGGUGACGGACAGACAGAUGCGAGUUAGGCUAGCUGCGACAGACAGACCAAGAAACAUGGUGUACGGCGGAGGGAUGGUGUACAAUUGCAUGCGAUUGGGUGUGAUCAUGGAGAGCAUGGGACCGACCGACCAUGCCGACGUGUGCGUGUGCAGUGCAGUCCAUGUCAUGUGUGUGACUGACGCAUACACACAUACUUGCUGC